CAGAGCUGAUUGGUUGUUGGUUUGUCCCGCCCUACGCGUGCGCACUGUCAGAGUGGAGUCACGCCAUGGAGGACCAAGAAGCGCUGGGUUUUGAACACAUGGGGCUGGAUCCCCGACUCCUGCAGGCUGUCACCGACUUAGGCUGGUCGCGACCUACGUUGAUCCAGGAAAAGGCCAUACCUCUGGCGUUGGAGGGGAAGGACCUCCUGGCCCGCGCCCGCACAGGCUCCGGGAAGACCGCAGCUUAUGCUAUUCCGAUGCUUCAGUUGCUUCUGCACAAGAAGGCGACAGGUCCUGUAAUGGAACAAGCUGUGAGAGGCCUUGUCCUUGUUCCUACCAAGGAGCUGGCGCGGCAGGCCCAGUCCAUGAUCCAGCAGCUGGCCGCCUAUUGUGCUCGGGAUGUGCGAGUGGCUAAUGUCUCAGCUGCUGAAGACUCAGCUUCUCAGAGAGCUGUGUUGAUGGAGAAGCCAGAUGUGGUGGUGGGGACCCCAUCCCGAGUAUUAAACCACUUGCAGCAGAAAAGCUUGAAGCUCCAGGACUCCCUGGAGCUACUGGUGGUAGACGAAGCUGACCUUCUGUUUUCCUUUGGCUUUGAGGAUGAACUCAAGAGUCUUCUCUGUCACUUGCCUCGGAUUUACCAGGCUUUUCUCAUGUCGGCCACUUUCAAUGAGGAUGUACAAACUCUGAAGGAGCUGGUACUACAUAACCCGGUUACCCUCAAGUUACAGGAGUCCCAGUUGCCGGGACCAGACCAGCUCCAGCAGUUUCAGGUGGUCUGUGAGACAGAAGAAGACAAGUUCUUGCUGCUGUAUGCCCUGCUCAAGCUGUCACUGAUUCGGGGCAAAGCCUUGCUCUUUGUCAAUACUCUAGAGAGGGGUUACCGGCUCCGUCUUUUCCUGGAACAGUUCAGCAUUCCCUCCUGCGUGCUCAACGGAGAACUCCCACUGCGUUCCAGGUGCCACAUCAUCUCACAGUUCAACCAAGGCUUGUAUGACUGCGUUAUAGCGACAGAUGCUGAAAUCUUGGGACCCCAAGUCAAAGGCAAGAGGCGAGGCCGUGGGUCCAAAGGAGACAAGGCCUCUGAUCCAGAGUCGGGUGUGGCCCGGGGCAUAGAUUUCCACCAUGUGUCUGCGGUCCUCAAUUUUGACCUUCCUCCCACUGCAGAAGCCUAUGUCCAUCGAGCUGGCAGGACAGCUCGAGCCAACAACCCAGGCAUAGUUCUGACCUUUGUGCUGCCCACAGAGCAGUCUUCCUUGGGAAAGAUUGAGGAGCUUCUCAGUGGAGAGGGCGAGACCCCCACCCUGCUUCCCUACCAGUUCCAGAUGGAGGAGAUUGAAAGCUUUCGCUAUCGCUGCAGGGAUGCCAUGCGCUCCGUGACCAAGCAGGCCAUUCGAGAGGCGAGAUUGAAGGAGAUCAAGGAGGAGCUUCUACAUUCAGAGAAGCUCAAGACAUACUUUGAAGACAACCCCAGAGACCUUCAGCUGCUACGCCAUGAUCUGCCCUUGCACCCGGCAGUGGUAAAGCCUCAUUUGGGCAAUGUCCCUGACUACUUGGUUCCUGCUGCUCUUCGUGGCCUUGUACAUCCUCGAAAGAAAAGGAGAAAGAUGCCCUUCUCUAGGAAGGCUAAGAAAGUGAAGGCCCAGAACCCACUACGUGACUUCAAGCGCAGGGGAAAGAAACCUAAGCCCACAGCAAAGCCUUCUUGAGAUUGCCUGAGCCUGAGGACACUGAAUUGGGCAUCCUGGCCUGGAUGGAGUGGGCUUCCCACUCUUGUUUGUGGGCACAUUCUGGUGCUCGCUGUCUGCACAGACUGUACUUUGAAGAAGCAGCCUUGGACACCUCAUCGCAUCUCCUUGGUACUGCUGGGCUGCCAUUUUGUCCAUUAGCAGAAUAAAGAUUCCAGCUGCCCCAGGCUAUGACCCUCUGGAAUGUGGGAAGAGACUGCUUUCCCAAAUCUUCAGAGUUGACAGACUGCUAAAAGGUGGUAUUGUCUGGCUCUGCUGCUGCAUGCAGUGCCUCAGUUGGCAGGCAAAGGCCAGGUGUCCUGGUUCUGCUGGUCCAGUGUUGGGCUGUGGCUGACCCAGAGCCCUGUAUCUAGUUCCUGCAGUUCUACUGAUCCUGAUCAGCUGACAGAUGGGAUUGUAGUCUUCUAAGUCAGAGUAUUUCUGACCAUAAGCCCCUCGAUCUCACCAGCACGUGCAUGUUCACAUUCAGAGGAAAAAAUCACUAAGCCCUGGGAGCGCCAAGGCAGCUAGUUUUCCUUCCUGGAUGAAAGAUUGCGAGAGUUUGUGUUUGUUUCAGACGCGUAAGUGGAAUAUAAGGAAUGCACACCUACGAGAUACACUUCCUCCGUGUCUCAACCUGAGCACUGGCCACGGGGGUUCAGAGGAGGUGAUUCUCUGCAUCCUCACUCAGCAUCCUCCUGUCCCAUAUACCAUAGUGUUACCCUAUGGCUGUCUGCUUGUCACUUGAUUGUCAGGCAUCGUAAGGCUCGGUUGGGGUGGGAAAAGACAGAACUUAAAUCCGAAGUGAGACUUUGGUUAUAGUCAGGGUGUGUGGCUGCAGUGACAGUAUGAGGCUUGGGUUUCUGUAUCUUAAUUCCAAGGUUCUCCAGAAAGCUAGAGUAUGUAGCCUGGGAAGACAAGGAUUGUCAGUGGUAGUUGUAUUCCUGAGCCUUGAAGUCCACAGUGUCACACAAUUGUGUGCUCAGUUGUACUGAGAAAAGUCAAGAACAACCCUAGGGGCUGGGGAGAUGGUUUGUAGAUAAAGUGUUUGCUGUGCAAGUAGUGAGGGCCUGGAUUUGCUUCCUUAGCAUCAAUGUAAAAGCUGAGUGUAGUCGUCUGCAUCUCCAGUACCAUUGUGUGCCUUUAGGCAGGGAGGCAAAAAGGAGUUUACUGGCUAAGCAGUGUAGGCAAUACAGGAGAAGAUUGGAUCCUAAAAGCUAAGGUGGGGAGCAACAGAGGAAGACCCUGGUCUCACCUUGUGACCUCUGCAUGCAUAACAGCACAUGCAAGAAAAGAGAAAACCCUGCUUUGCUGAUAGCCCUGGACAGUUGAGUAUACUGAAGUGAAUGUUGCAUCCCAUGCCUGCUGUUCCCUGUGGUGGUGUCUAUGAUUCUGUCACUUUCAUUACCGUGGUGAGGAUAUGUAUCCCAGAACCACCCAAUGGAGAGAUUGGGUUUCCCCAGUGAGGGUUCUUGUGGGACGAUGAAGCUGGUACUCUGCUGUGUAAAGUCACUAAGGUGUAGGACUGGUUAGUUAUAUGCACGUUUUCCUUCCAAAUUGGAACAACACUUGGGAGGCCGAUCUCAUGUUCUAAUUGGGGUAGCUCAGUGGGACUCGUAUGGUGGUGGCUCAGCAGUAAAGGUGUAUGAACCAAGGUCAGUCCUUAGGGCCCACAUGGUGGUGGAAGGAAGGAAUUGAUUCCUACAACUUCUCUGACUUCUACAUAUGUGCUAUGUAUGGCAUUUGUACUUCCACAACCCAUAAAUAAAUUCAAAGUUAAAGCAA